AAUGUUUUAUGCUGAUCCCUCUCGGCUUCUUCGAUGAUCCACCUGCUGUAUCUCAAAAUAUGCUGUUUUUGCUCUCCAACGGGAGUCGAGUAUUGAGGUAGAUAGAUUGACGACAGCAGAAGACGACGACAGAGUUUGGACGUCUAUUCCACCUUUCGGAAGGAAAACCCAUCAUCACCAAAAGAGUGUUCGAAGGUGAAAAACGCAUCGGAACCUUUUUCCGGGUUUGCAUCUGAAGUCCUGUGCUAGCAAUAUGUUGCUUUCGUCGGAAAAUGUGUCCCCGUCGAGACGGAAGUGAAGAAUUUUACUGUCGGGUGUUGUGUCUCCGGACGGAAUCUGGAAGUGUGGUUCCCGUCAAUCCGAUGAGAAGGGAGUGUACGCGUUCCGAGUGAAGAAGUAAAAGAGUGUCGGAAGAAAUCAUCCGCGAGGGCGAGGACCAAAAAGGCAAUGGCAGGGGAUUUUUCGGGCUGUACCGCCCGAAAGAAAAAUCGUGCCCAAUCGAUCGAGUACAAUCCGGCCAAAGUGGACAGCGGCGAAACGUCGAAGCAACAGACGAACCCUUUGACAACCCGAAGUGGGUUGCGGGUGUACAAGAUUGUGAUUUUGGGCGAUGGAGGUGUAGGGAAGUCAGCCGUCACGCUUCAGUUUGUGAGUCACAGUUUUCUGGACUAUCACGACCCCACAAUUGAGGACUCGUACCAACAGCAGGCCGUCAUCGAUGGCGAAGCGGCCCUGCUGGACAUACUGGACACUGCCGGUCAGGUGGAAUUCACCGCCAUGAGGGAUCAGUAUAUGCGAUGCGGCGAGGGGUUCAUCAUCUGCUACUCGGUUACCGAUCGGCACAGCUUCCAGGAGGCGUCCGAGUACAGGAAGCUGAUUGCACGAGUUCGGCUCACCGAGGACAUUCCGUUGGUGCUGGUUGCCAACAAGUUGGACCUGCAGUCGCAACGGAAGGUUUCUACCGAGGAAGGCAAAACUUUGGCCAAACAGUUUGGUUGUCCUUUCUAUGAAACUUCAGCCGCUUUGCGACACUACAUUGAUGAGGCGUUUUUCUCACUGGUUCGGGAGAUUCGAAGGAAAGAGGAACAAAGGGAUCUCAACGGUGGUUCCAGUUCGGAGAAGCUACACUCCCGACGGCGUAGCCGCUGGUGGCGGCUGCGAUCCAUUUUUGCGUUGGUUUUCCGACGUCGUCGCAACCCCAUCGGGAACUAAGAAACGAAACCAAAAACUUCAGAGUGAGUUACAGAAAAGCUACCGAAAAUAGAAUGAAAAGGAAACUAGUUACAUAACCAACGUUCAGAAUGAUUUCAGUCUGCAUGGGCCAGUGCCACCGGAAGCACGGCUUUACCAUAAUCGGCACAUAAUCGACGCCUCCGCUCGGGAAGGAAUUGAAAAUUGAAACUUAUCAUACUUAUUUAUAGGUUAUCACUGCGGAAAAACAAGAAGAAGAAGAAUCACGCACCUAGGCAAAGAAGAAUUAAAAUGCGACCAAAAAUUAAACUUAUAUUUGAAGCACACGAAUUCCGCGGCAGUCGUUUGUUGAGUAAUUUUGGCUAAGCUAUUUAGGGAAACAAGCAUCGAGAAUGUUCAAUAAUCAAAAUAAUAUUCUGCACUUUAGUGACUAUUACAGAAGAGUGGAAGGCGCAGUUGAAGUAAGAUUGUUAGACUUGGCCGAAUGGCUUGAAAAAAGAGAAACAUAUUACCAAUGAUAGGGAUUUAUGAAAACUGGCUUAGAUUGUACAUCGCCAUAGCGUUAAAACCCCACGAGUAGGCAGAAGAUGGGCAAACUGACCAUUGAGAAUGUAGUAUUUUUUAAUUACUGUAGUUCACAAGUUGUUAAAAGUUAAGGUGUGCAGCAGGGUUUAUUGCCUGACAUAAUUCCUUCGUUAGAAAGUUCAUUUUGUUGUUCUAGGCAUUGAGUAGAACGAAAGUUUUCAUUUUUCCACUCUGGUGGUUAAGUCUUGAGUAAGUAGGAGAAAGUGAUGAAAAGUUUAAUAGUUAUAAGCGUUGAAGAAGAGUCUUCUGAUUUCACAACAGUAUUUAUAUGCAUUUAUUUAUUAUCAUCCUCGUUCAAAUUUUACAAACUAACAAAUCUGUGAUUUUCGACAAUUCUGUUCUAACUUUGCAAGCAGAGUUAUUUUGCUAGGUACUUUUUAGAUCUUAGAAUUAGUUCCUUCCACAACUGUGUCCUAAUUUUCCCUGAUUAAUCAACGAGUUACAACUAAACCAACGCAAUUGCAGUAUACAAUAAUUUUAGACAUACUAUCUUGAACUAAAGUAAAAUAUUCAAACAGGGUUACAUAACACAGAAACGUAAAUUAACUACCAAAUAUAAGAACCGAUACCAAAAUUACAGUUUAAGCCAGCGCUUCCACGUGAUACAGAAUGUUUAAUGGAGGAUGAACAGGAAGCGCUUGGCGUUUACAUAUAGAACAAAUCCAAAACACAGUAAUAGAUACAGUAAAGCCCUUUUAACUAAAUUCGAUCAUGUAGUUUCCUGAAGAAACGAAAAUCGGUUCUCUAUGGGCUUAACAGUAGGCAGCCACAACUGUGUCAUGUGCAGUUAGAUCCCUUUUGCUUAAAGGUAUGAACGCAUCAGAUGCUGUAAACUGUCCCUAACGUCAUAAAACAACGCUUUCUAUCGGAUAUUUAGCAAGAGGACUUUAAGUUUUGCUUUCGUAUAGUCUGUGCUUCACAUCUUUGUGCUUAUCUGUAGAGCUAGAAGAAUUAGCAGCUUUGAUGUUCGAUUUCGGUAACCAAGUUUACUAACCUUGAAGGAUACGUAUCCCUAACAUACAAUUGCGUCGCCAGUUUUCAACACUACUCUUUUAGAAAUUCAAUCAUGCAUUGAAAUACACAUUUAUUCUGAAGUAAUCCCAUGAAUAACUGGAGUAAUUAUUACUAGUGGAAUUCUACAAGGAAGAGCUUGUGUCAAGGAUCUUCCCCAAUAAUUGUUUUCUAGACCAAUUUUUGGUUUAAAAUUUGCUUCAAAGCCUUUACAAACCUCAAAUGCUAUUUGACUUCCUAACCCUUGUGGUAACGUCUGGAGCUACAAACCGAAAUCGAAUCAAUAGAAAUUGAGUCAAAAUCGAAUCGAUUAUGAUUAAAUAUCAAUUUAAUGGGUAAAACCGAGAUAGUAAAAGAAGCUGGGUUACUGAAGUUGAACAAAUAUUAUUUAUUAAUGCUAUGUCUGAAUUUAGGCUAAUCCUGCUCGAAUGAUUUCAAUCAAAUUCAUCGAAACAAAUCUAUAGGUAAGGGAGUGAAGCAUUCAGCAGAAGGCAAACCAAUGAAUGUCUCAUCGGGAGGUGUUGCCGGGUAGAAGAACAAAACGCAUCACAAGCAAUAGAGCAAGGAUCAACUCGAAGCUAACCUACGAGCAUAAAACCUGUUAUAUACGUACCAAUUUGGAACUAAUCUGGAACAAAAAGCUUUACACAACAACUCCACAUAAUUGCUUCGAAUGUCAGUUUUAUAAUAAGCCCAAUCACGAAGCAGAAUGCAGCAAUAUUAUACAAACCCACAACCAAAAACUGUUCGAAUAGUAAAUAACUGUCAUUCCGCCAAAAAAUAGAAGAAAAA